AUGGAUAAACUCAAGUACAGCAAAUGUCCGCUCAAAAAGCGACCGAUACACGUCGAAGAGCCGCCACAGGAGGAUCAGUUGUGUCAUGAUGAAGGACCCGUUGAUCUUAGCGUGGCUGCAGCUUCAGUGCCACUUGAUCCACCACAUUGGAGUAUUAAGGAGGAGCCAGAAGCUCAGCCAGUGACCACUGAGCUGAGACAACGCUUCGAUGCGGCGAUGACACAAACCAAGGAGCAACUGGCUCGACGCAUUUGGGAGGAGACACGGGAAAUAGCACGCGCCUUUCCCGAUGUCUUCACCCGGGAGGAGAUUGCCAAGAGUUUGGCUCGCUUGGGUUACGGCGACUUUGAGCUGCCACCCGAGGAUGAGGUCAUGGAGCCGGAGCACGAAAGGGAGACUGAAAUGGCGGCCAGUUAUGCCAGUAUUUCGACAGCCCUGGUGCCUGGCACAAUGCUCAAGGUGGAGCCACACACUGAGGAGUCUUUCGGACUGCGCAACUACAACAAUAAUCUGCUGAAAAGCAUUGCUGACUAUGAGGAUUGCAUGAAGAUGCCACAUGAGGCAGCAGCAACAACAGAAGUCAGCUAUCAGCUGCCUGCUGAGCCAGAGGAUUUGAGUUUGAGAGCAGAGUUGGGACAAAGUCGUCGAGUGCUCAGCGAGAAUGUCAAUCUGCACAAUGUGGCACGUGCCUUGUUAAGCAUGCAACACAUGACACCACAGCAGCAACAGUUGCCACAGCAACAACUGCCACAAGAGCAAGCCGAACAGCAGGAGCAGUUUGAGGAUCAGGAGAAUCAGGAGAAUGUGAAUCUAAAUCUGAAUCUGAAGAUCAAGAGCAGCAACGAUCUGUACUAUCAGUGUCAGCAGUGCAACAAGUGUUAUGCCACCUAUGCGGGUCUCGUCAAGCAUCAACAGAGCCACGCCUACGAGAGCACCGAGUACAAGAUCAUACGCAGUAAUCCAGCCACUGGAGCGCCACCUAUUGUCGAUCAGACGGAGUUCUGCACGGAUCAGGCGUCGGCUCUGAUCCAAGCGGCGAAUGUUGCCUCGGCUCAGUCGAUGCAGAAACCGGUGGGCGUGCCCCGUUAUCACUGCAAGGACUGUGGCAAGUCCUAUUCGACCUACUCCGGCCUCAGCAAGCAUCAGCAGUUCCACUGCCCCUCCGCGGAGGGUAACCAGGUGAAGAAGGUCUUCAGCUGCAAGAACUGUGACAAGACCUACGUCUCGUUGGGGGCACUCAAGAUGCACAUACGCACACACACCCUGCCCUGCAAGUGCCCCAUCUGCGGCAAGGCCUUCUCCCGUCCCUGGUUGCUGCAGGGACACAUACGCACCCACACCGGAGAGAAGCCCUUCAGUUGCCAGCACUGCAAUCGCGCCUUUGCCGAUCGCUCCAAUCUUCGGGCUCACAUGCAGACGCAUUCGGAUGUGAAGAAGUACUCGUGUCCCAGUUGCACCAAGUCCUUCUCCCGCAUGUCCCUGCUGGCCAAGCACCUGCAGUCCGGCUGUCAAUCGGAGCAGGGCUGUCAAUCGGCCGGCUUCAAUCAGCAGCAGUUGCAGCACCAUCUUCAGGGCUACGAGGAGGCGCCACAUCAGCUCUACUAUGCGGGCAGCGUCGGCAGCAGCGGGGCAGAGGAAGAGGAAGCACACGACUUUCAAAUGCCCGCCCAGGUCAGACAGGGUAUCUAUUAA